GUUCUAAGAGGGGCGUAAAACAAUCCGCCAUUUUGUCCCUAUGACAUUUUAUGAAAUUAAGAUUUUAAUAGUUUGUUACCCGUUUAAAUCUGAAAAAUCCCACUACAAAAGUGGUUUUAGUGAAGCUGUGUAGUGUUUCAAUAGCCUGUGAUAUUUGUGUCUACAUUUAUUUUUGUUUACGUUCAUCUUGACGUUUUUAUCUGAACGAAUUUGACGUCGAAUAAAGAACUCUAGAUAAUCAAAAUGGGCACAAGAGAGGACGAAUACGACUAUUUGUUCAAAGUUGUGCUAAUAGGUGAUUCGGGAGUCGGUAAAAGUAGUCUCCUAUCUCGGUUCACUAGAAAUGAAUUUAACUUAGAGUCAAAAUCCACAAUAGGAGUGGAAUUUGCUACAAGAAGUAUAGAGGUCGACGGCAAAACCAUAAAGGCCCAGAUAUGGGACACGGCCGGCCAGGAGCGGUACCGUGCGAUCACGUCGGCGUACUACCGCGGCGCGGUCGGUGCACUGCUCGUGUAUGAUAUCGCGAAGCACCUGUCUUACGAGAACGUGGAGCGAUGGCUGCGCGAGCUGCGUGAUCACGCCGACCAGAACAUUCUCAUCAUGCUCGUCGGCAACAAGAGCGAUCUCAGGCAUCUCAGAUCCAUCCCAACAGAAGAGGCCAAGGCGUUCGCGGAAAGAAACGGCCUUAGUUUUAUUGAGACGUCCGCUCUCGACUCAACCAACGUGGAGCCCGCUUUCCAGAAUAUUCUCACUGAGAUCUACAGGAUCGUGUCGCAGAAGCAGAUGCGCGACCCGCCCGAGGGCGACGUGAUCCGGCCCGACGUGGAGCCCGCCGACCAGCGGCCCUCGCAGGCCGACAGCGUGCGCAAGCAGUGCUGCCAGUAACAGGUGUGCUUCUGGAAGCUUCUGCAGGCUGUGUGUGUGUCUCCUAGUUAGCAGACGCGCGACCGACGUGGUCCGGCCCGACGUGGAGCCCGCCGACCAGCGGCCCUCGCAGGCCGACAGCGUGCGCAAGCAGUGCUGCCAGUAACAGGUGUGCUUCUGGAAGCUUCUGCAGGCUGUGUGUGUGUCUCCUAGUUAGCAGACGCGCGACCGACGUGGUCCGGCCCGACGUGGAGCCCGCCGACCAGCGGCCCUCGCAGGCCGACAGCGUGCGCAAGCAGUGCUGCCAGUAACAGGUGUGCUUCUGGAAGCUUCUGCAGGCUGUGUGUGUGUCUCCUAGUUAGCAGACGCGCGACCGACGUGGUCCGGCCCGACGUGGAGCCCGCCGACCAGCGGCCCUCGCAGGCCGACAGCGUGCGCAAGCAGUGCUGCCAGUAACAGGUGUGCUUCUGGAAGCUUCUGCAGGCUGUGUGUGUGUCUCCUAGUUAGCAGACGCGCGACCGACGUGGUCCGGCCCGACGUGGAGCCCGCCGACCAGCGGCCCUCGCAGGCCGACAGCGUGCGCAAGCAGUGCUGCCAGUAACAGAAAGUCCAGUUAAUAUCGGAGCCGAAGUCAAGAGAAGCAUAUUGCUGGAAAACUAAUCACAAUCAUUACGAAUCAUUCCCGAGAAAUGGUCUCCAACACGCAACAACCGGCCGCGGCCGGCGCUGGCGGUGGCUAAUGUAGAUAGCUUGUGUAAUUAUUGAUAUUUAGUGUCCGAACGAAUUAACUUACUCUAUUUAACCGUUGGUGUCAUGUAGAAAACUAGAUACACAGCGCUCGGUAUGAUAUAACUAAGCUGCCCGGUGUCGUUGCUCGGUUUUCCGCGCUCGCACACCGCAAUAAGUAUUUGGUUUUUGAAUAAUGAAUUGUGCAAUAACUAUGAGCCGUGCGGAUGCUUCGAUUAAUUUAGUGAUUGUGAAUCUAGUUGUUUAUGUGAGAUCGAUGAUAUUAACGUAAAGUGAACUGUACCACGUUAGUACGAGUCCAAGCUUCGGUUAUAGUAAGCACCCGGUAUUUUUACAUUAAUUUUGCGCUCCUAGACGUACACAACACUGUGUAAUUUAUUCCUGAUUUAUUUUUAUUUAGGGGAAAAACAUUUUAUUUCGAGUUCGACUUAGUAGAUAAUUCAUUAUAAAUAUCUAUUUAUUUAGAGAAUUUAAAACUUCGCCGGGUACCGUUUCAUUUCAGAUUCGCGUUCGGAUCGAAUGGAGCGGCCGGCGAACGAAAGUAUAUAAAACUGUUAAAUAACACAAAUCAUAGCUUCAUAAUUAUUAUUAAACUCAUCGUUUUUGUAUUACACUAGCCGGUAGUUCGUGAUAAGUAACGAGAUAGCUUUUUUAAAACGUUGUUUUAUUUACGGAUAUUAUGUGCCUUCGGACAUGCGAGACAUGUACAUUUAAGCUUUGUUUCUGCCGCGGCGAUGCGUGCCGCCGGCUGGCUUCGGGCGGACACACUUUGUUGUAGACUGCGAGUCUACUGUUCAAAUUCUUUAUUAUUAUAUAGGCCCUUUUCAGAGCACUUAUACUUUUAAUAUACCUUGUCCUGUCACCACUUCGGGACGACAUAUCCGUUGGUGCUGAAAAGAAGUGGCGAAAGUGUUACGUUAUUCAUUCAAUAAGCUCACUGGCCUUUGUUGGAUACAGAAGAAAAGUAUCAAUCAAUGAAAUCUAUCGACUCGUGCGCCAUCUAGUGUUACGCGUGCGUACUAAAAUGUGGGACGCCAUCUACAUUUUAGCCAUCUAAAAGAACUGUAGUUCUGUAGCGAAGUUAUUAUCAGUUUGGUUUCUGAGUCGAUAUGUUAUGAAGUGUUAGUGGCCCAGGCCUAACCACGUCCGCCCCGGCCGGCCUGCGGCCUAAGGCCAGGCCUUAGCCGAGCCUCCGCUUCACCCUUUGUUAUGUUCUAACGAGACUAUGAGAGAUGCGGUGUUCGUUGUAUCUAAGUAAUAUAUUAUUGUAUUAUGGUCAUAUGCAUGGUUAUUUUUUUAGUGCCUAUCUGUAAUUACUUUAUUAAAGACAAAGAUAAUAAAAUAUAAUGUAAAUUU